GUCGUCUAGCUCUCUACGCAUAUGGGCGCUGCUGAUGUUGUUGUUGUUUGAUUGUUUGUUAUUUUCCUUUCCUGGUUCGGGUAGUUCGUGCAGUUGUCUGUGAUCGAUUCGAUGCAGCAGCAGCAGUCGUUGUCGACGGUUCGAGUGGAAAGCAUCGUUCUCGGAGUUGUGGUGCAAAAAGUGCCGGGAUUACUGUUGAUAAAAAAGUGCUAAUUUUUGUUUGAAUAAUUGUUUGUGGGAAUUUAUGGGAUGAUUUGAUCAAACAGUGGUUGAUUUGAGAAGUGCGUGUUAAUUUCGUGUUAAUUGGAGAACCAGUUAUAUUUGAAUAAAUUUCAAGGAAGCAAGUUAAGCUUGUGGACAAGACAAGUGUUCUCCAGAAAGAAAAAUAACAGGAAGAGAAGUGGAUGCAAAAGUUCCAGAACAAAAAGGGCUUGGAGGCUGCUGGAGAGAAAACAUUGUGAACUUCACCGUAGCCGCAAAAACAAAGAAAAAAACUUUCCGGAAGCCAAAGGAUGCCAAUGUGAUCGGAACCACGGCCUAGAACGGAUCAAGAACCCGACCACUUUGGGAGCCGUCAACCUGUCAGAACGCCGUCAAAAAACGAUCAUCCACUGUAAGGCUGGAAAUAUGAUAAGUAUUCACCACCUGGUUAGGACAUGCUGCGCGUACGUACUACUGAUUAGCCUGGUGGCGAUGACGUCCAGCAGCACGGCCAUGGCCAGCGCGUACCGGGUCGGGGUGGGACGGGCCGACUGCACCGGACCCUCGGUCGAGAUUACCUUUAUGGGCUACGCCCAGCUCUCCCAGCGCGGCGUCGGCAUCCACCUGCGGCAGUACGCGCGGGCCUUCAUCUUCGAGGAAACGCCCGGUCGCCGAGCGGUUUUCGUAAGUGUCGACGCCGGCAUGAUGGGCCACGCCGUCAAGCGGGACGUGCUGGCGGUGCUGCAGAAAAAGUACGGCGACCUGUACCGGGCGGAGAACGUCGCGAUCAGUGGAUCGCACACGCACAGCACUCCCGGCGGCUUUCUGAUGUACCUGCUGUACGACAUGACCUCGCUGGGGUUCGUGUCGGAGACGUUCAACGCGUUGGUGCGCGGCAUUGCGCAGAGUAUCAUCCGGGCGCACAACAGCAUGAUCGAGGCGAAGGUGUACGUGGCGGAGAUUGACGUGUUGGAGGCGAACAUCAACCGGAGUCCGAGCGCGUACGAGAACAACCCGGAGGAGGAACGGGCCCAGUACCGGGACAACGUGGACAAGAGGCUUGUGCAGCUGCGGAUGGUCAACAAGAAUGGGGUUGUUUUCGGGGCGAUCAACUGGUUCGCGGUGCAUCCGACCUCGAUGAACAACACCAACCGGUACGUGUCGAGUGACAACGUCGGUCUUGCGUCUGUUAUGUUGGAACAGGAGCGUAACAAGGGUUCGCUCGUGGGUAAGGGGGAGUUUGUGGGGGCGUUUGCCUCGAGCAAUUUGGGCGACGUUUCGCCGAACAUUAUGGGACCCAAGUGCGAGAAGACGGGACUGCCGUGCGACCUGCUGACGUCGUCGUGUCCGGCUGGGGCGGGCGCUUGCUUUGCCUCUGGACCUGGGGAGGACAUGUUCGAGAGUACGAAGAUCAUCGCGACGCGGUUGUACAGUGCGGCUUCGCAACUGCUAACCAAAUCGGGUGGUCGUCAAGUAACCGGCCCGGUCAACUUUGUCCACCAGUUCGUCGACAUGACCAAGGCCGAGGCCAUGUACUACAACCCGAAGACGCGCACGCUCGAGCAGGUCCGCGGCUGCCUUCCCGCCAUGGGCUACAGCUUUGCCGCCGGGACAACCGACGGUCCGGGUGCGUUCGACUUCCAGCAGGGCACCAUCACGGACAAUGCGCUCUGGAACGCCGUGCGGGACUUUAUCGCCGAACCUACCGUGGACGAUAAGGAGUGCCAGGCGCCGAAGCCGAUUCUACUCGCCACCGGCAGGGCAAAAUUCCCGUACGAUUGGCAGCCCAAGAUCGUCCCGACGCAGAUCUUGCUGAUCGGUGAUUUUGCGAUCGCCGCCGUGCCUGGGGAGUUCACGACGAUGUCUGGACGCAGGAUGCGCAACGAAGUGUCCGCGGCUUCGGUGGCCGCCGGAGGCAAGACCCUGCAGGUCGUGGUUGCCGGCCUGUCCAACAUGUACACCAGCUACAUCACCACGCCGGAAGAGUACGAAGUUCAGCGGUACGAGGGCGCCUCGACGCUGUACGGACCGCACACGCUGACGAUCUACCUGCAGCAGUACAAGCGCAUGGUUCGAUCGAUGGUGCUGAAUGAGACGCUGGACGCCGGACCGACUCCGCCCUACCAGGACGACAAGCAGAUCUCGCUGAUGACCGGAGUGAUCUUCGAUGGGCACCCCAUCGGGAGGGAAUUUGGCAGCGUGAAAAUUCAACCGCUGAACACGUACGAGCGGGGCGAUACCGUUUCGACGACGUUCGUCACGGGGAAUCCCCGGAACAAUUUGAUGCACGAUAAGACGUUCUUUACCGUGGAGCAGAAGCAGGUCGAUGGAAACUGGACGGUGGUGGCGACUGACGCGAACUGGGAGACCAAAUUCAAGUGGGAGCGCCAAUCGACGAUUCUGGGCUUCAGCGACACCGAGUUCCUGUGGGAGAUCGGCCCUGAUACCAAGCUGGGCACGUACCGCAUUCGGCACUUUGGCUACUACCGGUACAUCCUGGGUGGCGUCUACCCGUACACCGGGUCCACCAAGACGUUCAUCGUGGAGUAGUGACUUCAACGCGAGUCCCAGUGAGAAAAUAACUAAAAAUCAACUUUUGUGAUAAAUUAGAGUGGAAGAGUGUUUGAAGAUCGACAAAACUUGGGAUGUUAUGUGAUGAAGAACAUUGAUUGUUAGUUAAGGAGUUGUGUUUUUUUUUUAGAAUUUUGCUAACAAGCAACGCUCCCUUGUUGUUUUGGGCGCUACAAAUUGGAACCAAAAAACCUAGUCAAUAAUUGCUAUCUGUAGGUUGUAAUUUUCAGUAAAUAAAGGUUUUACUUUUAA